CCGGAGCGAGAAGGGUCUGCGCUGGUGGCCGGGACUGUAGGCAUCUUUGAAGCACUGCCAACAUGUCUGAUGUUCAAGAAGCCACUAAGCAGCUUAUGGAUGUGAACCUUCAUGAGAACUGGAGAGCUAUACAAGUGACAGAAAGUGGUCCCAGAAGUGAGUCUGAGCACCUCCAAGUCACUAUUGGAGCCACUGUACCUACUGGUUUUGAGCAAACAGCUGCAGAUGAAGUGAGAGAGAAAUUGGGGUCAUCAUGCAAAAUCAGCAGAGACCGGGGCAAGAUAUAUUUUGACAUUUCAGUGGAAAGUCUGGCUCAGGUUCAUUGUCUGAGAUCAGUUGAUAACUUAUUUGUGGUUGUUAAGGAGUUUAAAGAUUACCAGUUCAAAGAAACAAAGGAAGAAGUUCUCAAGGAUUUUGAAGAACUGGCUGGGAAGCUUCCAUGGUCAGACCCUUUAAAAGUAUGGAAAAUUAACACCAGUUUCAAGAAAAAAAAAACAAAGCGCAAAAAGAUAAAUCAGAAUUCAGGUAGAGAAAAGGUUGAUAAUGGACAAGGAGACAAAGCAGAUGAGAAAGAGGAUAAAAAAGGAUUCACUAAUAAUACCUUAGAUUCCCAUAUCUUAGACUAUUAUGAAAAUCCAGCCAUCAAAGAAGAGAUAUCAACAUUAGUAGGUGAUGAUUUGGCAUCUUCCAAAGACGAGAAGGAUGAAAAAGAAGAAACUCAUCCUAAAGUGCUGAAGUUUAGAGUCACAUGCAACCGGGCUGGAGAGAAACACUGCUUUUCCUCAAAUGAGGCUGCAAGAGAUUUUGGGGGUGCUGUUCAAGAUUACUUUAAGUGGAAGGCUGACAUGACCAACUUUGAUGUGGAGGUUCUUUUGAACAUCCAUGAUAAUGAAAUUGUUGUGGGCAUUGCAUUGACAGAAGAGAGUCUCCACCGAAGAAAUAUCACACAUUUUGGACCUACAACUCUUAGAUCUACUCUUGCCUAUGGGAUGCUUAGGCUCUGUGCUCCUCAACCUACUGAUAUAAUAGUUGAUCCGAUGUGUGGAACGGGAGCAAUACCAAUAGAGGGGGCUACUGAAUGGUCUAACUGUUAUCAUAUUGCUGGUGAUAAUAAUCCGUUGGCUGUGAAUAGAGCAGCAAAUAACAUCUCAUCUUUAUUGACCAAGAGCCAAAUUAAAGAAGGCAAAGUGUCCUGGAGCUUGCCCAUAGAUGCUGUUCAGUGGGAUAUCUGCAAUCUGCCAUUGAGAACUGGCUCUGUGGACAUUAUUGUGACAGACAUGCCAUUUGGAAAAAGUUCUAGAGGUUUAUCUACUAAGUGUUUGAUUCACUGGAUCUUCUUCUCUAGGAUGGGCUCCAAAAAAAGAAACUGGAACCUUUAUCCAGCUUGCCUACGGGAGAUGAGCCGUGUCUGUAAACCAGGGACAGGCCGAGCUGCACUACUUACUCAAGACAAGAAAUGCUUUACCAAGGCAUUAUCUGGAAUGGGACAUGUUUGGCGGAAGGUACAUACUGUCUGGGUGAACAUAGGGGGUCUUCAUGCAGCAGUUUAUCUUCUGAAACGUACACCUCAAGCUUUUGUUCAUCCUUCAGAACAAGAUGGGGAAAGAACUCCUUGGUGAUGCAAAGAAUGAAGAUGGUUAAUGGUAUUUGUGCCUCCCAACACUGGGAAUGUCAGCAUGAAGAACUUGGUUUGAAAGAAAAAUAGUGUUAAUAAAAUUGCAGUUUGCAGUUUAAACU